AUGACCACCCUCCCCUCCGCCAAAAUCACCCCCCGCCCCUCCUCCGCCCGCGGCCACGCCGACCACGGCUGGCUAAACUCUUACCACACCUUCUCCUUCGCCUCUUACUUUCACCCUUCCUUCCAAUCCUUCGGCUCGCUGCGCGUCCUCAAUGAAGACCGCGUCGCGCCCCAAUCAGGCUUCCCCACACACCCGCACCGCGAUGCCGAAAUCUUCUCCUACAUCCUCUCGGGCGAGCUCACGCACCGCGACAGCAUGCACGGACGCAAAGGCGUCAGCACCGGCGAAGUCUCCCCGGACGAUUACUUCGUCAUGAAGCGCGGGGACGUGCAGUUCACCACCGGCGGGACAGGGAUUGCGCACGCGGAGGAAAACGAGAAUGAGAAGGAGGAAGUGCAUUUCUUGCAGAUCUGGGCGCUGCCGUGGAAGAAGGGGUUGCCGCCGCGAUACCAUACGCAGACGUUCCCGGAGGAGAAGAAGAGGAAUAGAUUCCUUCCGAUUUUGAGUCCGUUGAAGGGCGGGGUUAAGGGGACGAAGGAGCAAGAUGAGAAGGCUGAGCCCGUUGUGAAGGGGACGAUCCCCAUACAUGCGGAUUUCAUGAUGGGGGCUAGCUUGAUUGAUCCGGGUGAGAAGGCGAGUUGGAAGAUCGGUGGUGGCGGGGCAGUGGAGCAGAAGGAGGGGAGAAAGGUGUAUGUGCAUUUGCCUAUUAGGCAUUUGGGCGCGAAGAUCAGGCUCGCGGGGAGAGAGGAGGCGACUUUGAGUGAGGGCGAUGGGGCGUUUGUGGAGAAGGUAAAGGCGGGGGAUGAGCUUGUCGUGGAGUCGAUUGGGAAUGGAGAGGCGGAGGUUAUUGUCCUCGAUUCAAAUUAG